AUGGCGGAAUUUCAGAUAUACCAACUUGCAGUACCAUUUGUUGUACUGCUGAUAGCGUUUCUUUCAUAUACUUCGCAAUAUUUGUUCCUCUUCCUUGAACCUGCACCGCUGAGUACACCCGAACUCGUCAAAUUCAACAUCCUGGUGGCUUGCAUAUGGAUAUGCUAUGCCAGAGCCUGCCUAACGGAUCCAGGGAGAAUCCCAAAAGACUGGAAGCCAUCCACUACCGCAGGUGCAUUGUUAGAGAAGCAUCUUGGUCUCGAAGAGGGCAGCGAUCCUUCUUAUCGUCAACGAUGGUGUCGAAGAUGCGAGGCGUUCAAACCUCCCAGAUCUCACCAUUGUAAAACUUGCCAACGAUGUAUCCCUAAGAUGGACCACCAUUGCCCAUGGACACAUAACUGCGUCUCGCAUUUCACAUUCCCGCAUUUUAUUCGUUUUCUAUUUUAUGCAGUAAUUUCCAUGAUAUAUCUUGAACGCUUUCUUUAUAUCCGUAUAGCGGUGUUAUGGAACAACCGAAGCCUACCAAGUUUAUACGGUCCCUCUCUAGCUCAUUUAGGGCAUCUCUUUGUGCUUGCUAUUACUAAUACUGUAGUUCUUCUUGCCCUGUUGAUUCUACUACUUCGAAAUAUAUGGAUGUUGGGUGCAAACGAGACUACUAUCGAGGGAUGGGAAAUUGAAAGGCACAAGACGUUGUGUCGACGAGCACGAACCCUGGGUGGAUACCUCGAAGGUCCAGAUGGUGUCAAAGUCUGGAUUAAAAGACAAGAAUUUCCAUAUGAUAUUGGUGUUUGGAAUAACAUUAGAGAUGGCAUGGGUGGUAGUAAUAAUAUAUUUAGCUGGUUUUGGCCCUUUUCACGAACACCGGAUCGGCGCACUGGGUUAGAGUUUGAAGUUAAUGGCUUUGAAGAUGAAUCUCUCACCUGGCCUCCACCGGACCCUGACAGGAUGUCCCGAAACACGCCACAAAGGCAGGAUAGAACAACACUUCUUGGAGAUGGUCAAAAUUUUGACUAUGACGAGAUUGAGGCAUUUCAUAAGCGCCAGGAGGCAGACUAUCUACGCCAGCGAGCUGUUUCCGAAGUCCGCCGUCGAAAACCGUUUCAUAAACGCUAUAUAAAAAAGGGGGAUGAUGGCUAUCUAUCCAAUAUCUCCAACUCGGAAGACGAGGAAUCAUCCAACAGUGGAGAAGAAGGCUGGAGAAACUCGGAAGGUGAAAGGUUGAAAGAUUUCGGAGUUGAUGAAAAGGUUGAAUUCUACGAUGAGGAUGAUAUACCACUUGCCGAAUUAAUACAGCGAAAAAAACUUCGGUCAUGA